AGACAAGUAGACACUGGACAGACAACACGCUCGACUGUCUUUUACUUCACUACCAACUUCACAUCUUUCUCCUCUUGUUCCAUCAACCAACUCCAUCUCAUUGUUUGAUCCGUAGAUCUCUCUCACGCGUUGCAUUUGUUCUUCUAAGCAAAUCGAUCUCUUUUCCAUGGUGUCCGUAACCGUUUUCCGCUCAUUUCACGGUGCCAUUGAUAGCAUUACCCACCUGCAAUCCUUAUCUGAGAGGCCUGGGGCAGUUCCUAUUUACAAUGCCAAUGCAAAGAAAUUAUCAUUCGCCCAGGGCUUGGCCCUAGGUUCAAGGAUCACUUCAGCCAAUGAAAAACGGGCUUUUGUACCAUGUCUUAAAGCCUCGGAAAGUACAACAGAAAUCACAUCUGUUGUUUAUUUAGAUGGCAAAUCGCAAGAGCCAUUGGAAAAGAGAAGUUUGCAGAGUACAACCUUCCCUAAUGGAUUUGAGGCAUUGGUCCUCGAAGUCUGUGACGAGACAAAUGUUGCAGAAUUAAAACUUAAGGUUGGAGACUUUGAGAUGCAUCUGAAGCGAAAUAUUGACACAACAAAACAUACAACACCUAUUAUUUCUCCAACACCCCCACAUCUUUCAAGUGAACCGAUGGUCAAAGCAACUCCUGUUGCCCCACCAUCAUCAUCACCAAAAUCAUCUUCUGAAACUGCCAGUCCAUUUAAAAAUAAAUCUAGCACAAAGUCAUCAAAAUUAGCAGCCUUGGAAGCUUCUGGAGCAAAUUCUUAUGUUCUAGUAUCGUCUCCAAAGGUCGGGUCAUUCCGACGGGGAAAAACAGUGAAGGGGAAAAAGCAGCCUCCUAUUUGUAAAGAGGGUGAUGUAAUCAAAGAAGGGCAGACAAUAGGAUAUUUGAAUCAGUUUGGCAGUGAGCUUCCAGUUAUGUCGGAUGUGGCUGGGGAGGUACUCAAAUUUUUAUACAAUGAUGGUGAUGCAGUUGGUUAUGGGGACCCUCUUGUUGCAAUAUUGCCAUCGUUCCAUGAUAUUAAUAUUAAUUAAGUGCCAUCCUCUUAUCUGCUUUCUAAUUUCUACAUUUAUCCAUGGGUCAUAGUAUACUGGGUUAUCAAUUACUGUAACCCUUUUUUCUUAUUUUUCCUUUUGCCUUGGACAAUUAGAGACGGGAGGUGCACCUGGUGGAUUUUACUAGCAGUUUCUUCCGUUGAUCAUUUUUUAUUUUUGGGAUUAGUUUAAAGUAAUAUACUUUGGUGAUGCUAUGUUGUUUGACUUCAUUGGACGUUUUUCAGUAUUGUUUGUUUAA